AUGACCACUGUCCAAGCCACGAAGGAGCCUCGUCUCCGAGGUGUAUCUCCCACUCCUAGCAAAAUCCCGGUGCGAUCCCAGAGACCCCCGCUUCUUCCUGCGGGUAAACCCAGCACCCUGUACCAGGAGAACCAAGAUCCAAAGAGAUUGAUGCAGAAGCCACUGGAGUCAGCAGGAUCCAGGCCUAAAGCCAUAAGCCAAACAGAGAAAUCAGUGGGGACCACUCAGCUUCGGAACCCCCUGGAGGAGCUCAGGCUCAGCUCAGGGGUACAAAAUGUGGGGCCUGGACCCCCUCCCCUAACAGAGGCUCCAGGGACCAUAGAGUUUGUGGCUGACCCUGCAGCCCUGGCCACCAUCUUGUCAGGUGAGGGGGUGAAGAGCUGUCGCUUAGGGCGCCAGCCCAGCCUGGCUCAAAGAGUACUGGUUCGUGGGAGCCAGAGACGUAUCCUCCAAAGGGACCAGGGUGCUCGGGCAUCUGCAUAUUUGGCCCCCAGAACUCCCAACCACCAACUGGCCUAUGCAAGGGCUUCCUGCUUUUCAAGGCUGGAGGGACCAGGACCCCGUGGCCAGACCUUAUGCCCCCAGAGGCUCAAGACUUUGAAUCCACCUUCAGGACUGUCCUUUCACUCUUCCACUCGCCCCAGUUUCCUGGAGUUACGAAGAGUGACAGGUGGCAGCAACCGGACAUCAGUGAAUCAGACCUCAGGAUUGCCUCUGGAGACCCCAACCCAGCCUGCUUCCUCUCUCCCAGAAGGAGAACAUCCUGAAGACAGAGGAGGCUCCCUCUGUCUGGCCCAGCGGGUACCAUUAAAAGGGACACACACCAAGGACAGCUGUGACUCCCACUUGAUGCCUUCCCCUGCCCCUGUGGCCCAGCGCAUUCCUGGCCGUGUGGUGCCAUCUUCUGUCACCUGCCCUUCCCCCUUUGGGUUGGCCCAGCAUGUACCUUCUCCCCACCCUCAGGCUCCGGCCUCAUAUUCAGUGUUACGGCGUCUUGCCCUUCGCCCCAAAACCCAAUUCACACCCAUCCCAUCCAUCUCCAGAGUUCAGCAGUCCCAGGGUCAAUGUAUGAGUGAUCUCUCCCCUGCGACCCGCCCUGAACCUGAAGAACUUUUCCUGCCCUGGGAGCAGAUUGCAGUACAGUUGUUUGACCAGCAGAGUUCUGUAGGGUUGCAGGAACCACCUGUGGCAUCUAAUGUACUCCCGCGAAACAGAACCCCCAACCCUCAGGAACUGAAGAUGCAGCGCAUCAGUAUUCUACAGAAGCUCUUGCGCCAGGAGGUAGAGGGGCUGGCUGAGGACAAGUAUGUGUCCCUUAAUGGGGGCUCCUCUUUGGAUAUGGUUGAACUUCCUCCCCUGCUGAGUAGGAUUUCUGGAACUUUGAAUACCCCAGAGCAUAAUUCUGGAACUUCGCACCUUCCUGAAUUACAGCACUCUGAGCUACCAAAGCCCUGCCUUCCAGAUAAGUGCGGGAAACCACAGCCCUGCCCUCCCACAGAGCCAGGGGUUCCAGACUCCUGCCAUGGGAGAGAGUCUGAGAUAUCAGAGCCCUCCCCUCAACAACAGCCUGGGAUAGCAGAGCCCUGCCCUCUGGCAGAGCCUCAACCCCUUCAGCAUAGCUCCCAGGGGAAUGCUGGACUCCCUGAGCCCCACCCUAGGGUAGAGCCUGAGACACCAGAGGCCUGCCCUGUGGAACCUAGACGCCCAGAGUCCACCCAACAGUCCCACAAUAACCAAUGUGCUCCAGUACCCACCAGCCUGAUCUCUUCCCAACACCCGCCUUGUGCCAGCCAUCCUGUUCACUCACUCCAGUCUCUGAGGCACCCACCACACCAGUCAGGCCCCAAUAGUCUGGCCCCUCGAACCCUGGCUUUGAGGCAGCGCCUCAGAGCAUGUCUGACUGCUAUCCACUGCUUCCACGAGACCCGCCUGGAUGACGAAUGUGCCUUCUACACCAGCAGAGCCUCUCCCUCAGGCCCCACCCGGGUCUGCACCAACCCUGUGGCUACAUUACUAGAAUGGCAGGAUGCCCUGAGUUUUAUUCCAGUUGAUUCUGCUGCCUCUCAGGGCUCUCCAUCAUGA